GACCUCCCCAUGUAACAUGCCAAUGUCUAUUUGACCUUGUGACAUUCCAAAGGAAUACAACUAAAGGCCAAUUUCAUGCCAAUUAAGUUGCUUGAAUUCAUAGAAUUUGGAUUAAACAUAGUUUGGCUCUCUCCAUAACCCCAACAAAAACCCUUGUGAAUUUGUAGACAUUGUCGCAGCAGUUACCAAUUAUUUUCCCUCAAAAACCACCAUAUUAUCACCUUAAACAAACGCCAGAAAAUGAUUCUCACCUCCACAGCAAUUCUCCAGAAAACCCCUUUAUUCUUCCCUCAUUCUUCAAUUCUCUCUCCUCCCCCUAAAUUCAACUCAAUUUCACCAAACCCACUUCAAAAGUUCAACUCAAUUUUCAGUAACAAGGAGUUGGGGUUUACUGAGUUGAGUUUUAAAUUUAUGGGGCAACGUUAUUCUCGAAUUUCCGCGGUUUCCGGUGGUGGGUCCGGCGGCUCUAUCGGUGGCAAUGGCGGAGGAGGGUUUGGUGGGUCCGGUGAUGAUGGUGUUGGUGGUGAUGGUGGGAAUCAGUCUAAGUGGAGUUUGCUUUCUUGGUACAUGGAUCUUCUAGUGAAGUCUCCUGUCUUGACGAAAGCUGUUACUUCUGCAUUGUUAAACUUUGUUGGAGACUUGAUUUGCCAGCUUGCUAUAGAUAAAGUCCCGACGCCGGAUUACAAAAGGACCUUCAUGUUCACCUUUUUAGGGCUGGUUUUGGUGGGUCCAACACUGCAUUAUUGGUACUUAUACCUUAGUAAGUUGGUCACUUUACCUGGAGCUUCUGGUGCUUUCCUGCGUCUUAUACUCGAUCAGUUCAUCUUUGCACCUAUCUUUAUCGGAACUUUUCUCUCUACAUUGAUCACGUUGGAAGGAAGGCCUUCAGAAGUUGUUCCUAAGCUUAAGCAGGAAUGGGUUUCAUCUGUGAUUGCUAAUUGGAAAUUGUGGAUACCAUUCCAGUUUCUGAACUUCCGUUUUGUUCCCCAACAAUUUCAGGUUCUCGCUUCCAAUUUUGUUGCUGUAAUAUGGAACGUGAUCCUAUCAUAUAAAGCUCACAAAGAGGUGGUCACAAAAUAAUUUCAGAAAAUCUGCACUCGGGUUAGGUGAUAAUGCACUCUAAAUUAUGAAUAUGAAACUUCACUUGCCUGGGGCACUGGAAUCUACGCGGUGCUAUUACUAACGUUGAUCUAGAUCACUGACAAAAAAUUUCAAAUGUGGUGCUUUAUGAUCCUUAAAUCUAAACUGGACAAUAGAACAUGCAUCACAUGAGUGGGCAUCUUGCUGUUAAGGAAGCUGUUUUCAAUUUGCCCUUGUACUUCCCCUCAUCUCUCUGAGCUGUUGUGGAACACAGAAAGUCCGAGUGUCUUGCCAUGCAAACUAUUCUCAUGGUGCCGAAAUUUUCUUCAUGGAUCUUGAUUAAACAGAAGCGUGUUGUAUCUUUCAACUUUGUUGGUUCGCCCCUCAUUGUAUAUCUAAUUAGUUGGUUUAAAUAACCUAUGAGGAUUAUCUUAAUCUCAUUUCCUAGUAUUCACAUGCCUUCUAUAACACGCAAAUAUUGUUACAUAGUGAUACACCAUUACACCUGGGGGUCCUAGGUGUUCC